CCUGAUGUAAGGGAACACUCUGAUGGGGACAAUUGAUGUAAGGGGCAGGGUCAGACUAACCAUCUUGCAACUUGGACACUGCCCGAGGGCCCAGGGUCAGUAGGGGGCCCCAUAAGAUGCCCCUGGAACCUUUCAUAGGCUUUUUUGGGGUGAGGACACAGGGGCCCCAUGAUCCCCUAUUGCCCGAGGGCCCCAUGAGUUCAGGGGUGGACUGCCCCAUGAGAUGCCCCUGGUACCUUUUUCAUAGACUUUUUUGAGUUUGGGCAAGGACACAGGGGCCCCAU